GUGAACCUACUGGGGAGAGGGCAAUGGUGAUGCCCUGGAGAGAUGACUCCAGGCACCCCUCACAGCUGAGUGAGGAAAGAAGGUUCCACCAUGGUGCUCUGAAGCACUAUGCUAAUUUAUCUCGACUUUGUCCUUCCCAUUGGCCCAUUGACCUUCUCUGCCCUUGUGACCCUUAUAUGUUCAAGUUCUAGUAAGUUCUCCCUUCCCCGUUACCCCAUUAGUUUGUGUAACACCUCCCAUCCACCCUUGUUGGUUUCUGUCCUUUGUACCACCCCUGUACCCUCAUCCCAUUGGCCCUGAUGCUCUUCUCCACCCACUCUUUUCCUGUAUUUUUACUCCAGGUCCUCGUUUGUCUUUGGUCUGUGGAGUCUUCAGCAUCACCAGAAAUGAAUCACAUUGGAACUUCAUGCCUGACUCUCAUGUCAGGCAUGACAAGCUGCUGCAUGUGUGUGUGUGCACUGGUGGUCUUGUGGCUCCUACCCAUUGGUGCAAGAUGUUCUUGGGGAAGGUUGCAUCCACCACCAUGUGCGACACAACAUGGGGGGUGUGUUUGUUAGUUUUGAGGGAGGUUUAGUUAGUUAGUUUGUUUAGGUGUUUUAUUGUGUGUGGGGGUGUUUUUUUCCUGUAGGAUUGUGGAACGCAGCACGGCAUUGACAGGUUUCCUGAUAAAAUAAUGGGACAAUAAAGUAUUGUGUAAUAAAAACUGCAUGUGCAUAGUACCUGUUUGUGAUCUUUUUCCAGAGUUCUAGGUAUCUGCUGUGGUAUUAAGGUAGCAGCUGAUCUCUAAACCAAAAGAUUAUGCUGUCUAUAAAGAUCUCUUUUGUGUGGUGUCAGAAAGGACAUGGCUUUCUACUGGGACAACAGAAAUGGAGUAUGUGAGUGUUUCUGGAUCAUGGUUUACAGCUAUUGCGAGGAACACUGACAACAAACAAUGUGUGACCUCUCUCUGUUAGGAGGUUCUGCUUGAGAACACCUGCAGGUACCUGAGGCACUAGAAUUUUCCAGCCACCUUUACACAAACUGCUUUUUGGCCUCUGAAAGCUGCAUGUUUUGGUCACGUGCAGGAGGUGGAAUAGUGCUAGAUACUAGAUAUCCACCUGCCUUCCUGAAUUUAAUGCUGAUGCUGUAAAAGACAAAACCUCAUAUAUAAAUGUUAGUACACCUGUCAUCUCCUCCUCCAGCAGCUAAAAGAGUAAGAGCCUUUGGAGAUUGCUACCCCUUUUCUUCCUAACAGAAUAUUGUGCCAUGCCCUGACAAAACUGCCAGUAUAGAAGUACCUCAGUUUAUAGCCAGGUCAAAUUUAGAAGAUUACCUUCAUGGUCUGCAUAGAUUAAAAGAUUAAAAACUAAAUUAACUCACUUUCUAAACCAAAAAACUACAUACAUCUGAGAUUCUUCUGAAAAUGAGUCUCUUAUUUAUACUUUGCUAAGUAUAACUCUAUCUUUUGUUGAACAAAUGGACUUUUCUAUUUGAUGCCCGGAGUAUAACUUGUGGAGAUAUUAAGUGUUCAUUGAAAUUGCAAAAUAUUGUAAUCAAAGAAAGGUGAAAGUCAUCAGUUAGCAAAAGACUCAGCAUUUGUUGUAUGCCCAAAUGACGCUACUAAUUGACAUACAGCAUAUAACUUGCCCAAGAAUUACUGUUUGGCAGUUUACAGGCCUUGAUCAGGAUACUGCGACCCUUCAGUGUAUGUUGCAACUUCUGUCUUCUCUAAUAUCUAACAGUAACCAGCAUCAGGUGCUUUAGGUCCAAAAAGUAAGGCCUUGGGCAGUAAUGUGAUUCUCCUUUUAUUAAAAAAAUGGCAAAUCUGAUUAUAAGAAAAAAAAUCAAACAGUACAGCUGAAAUGACAAACCCAGUAGUUAUUUGUUGUUUAAUAUUUGCAACUGUCUUCUAUUUCUUUAAUAUGAUCCUGAAAUUACUUUGCAUUGAUUCAUUAUUUGACAUCUGAUUUGCAGUUUUUUCCUGGGCUCUAUUUCCAGGAAGACUACUGUUGACAUGUAAUUUCAGGAUAUGUAACUACUAAACUGCUUUUAAUUUGAUACAAUACAGAAUGCUGCACCAUUCACAAAUCACUAAAUUAUUCUAUCUUUUUGCAGCCAUUUUAGGAGGUAUCAAGUCAAACAGAAGAUUCUGCCCUAGUGAGACAGUAGGUUCUUCACUCAGAUAAUGGUAUCCUGACUCAGAUGAUCAGACUCUAGAUUGUUGAUUGUAAGAAGAAAAGAUCAAGAUUUAGAUUUAGAGUUUGUUUUAGCAGCAUUUGAUAUUUUAUUUCUCUAUCUCCAUUGUCAUAUACUUGAUAGCCAUGAAGUUCUUCAGAAUACUUUUUGGUUGGUUGUUUUUUUUUUCCUCCUGGAGCAUUCAGGUUCAUGAAAUUCUUACAGUAUCCUCAUUCAAAUGGAAUAGGGUGUGCAUAAAACCAAAUAAAAAUUAAAAUAUGUGUUGUUCCUACCAUACUGGUGCCUUCCUUCCCUCAUUUCCUCUGAGAAACUUCUCCUCUUGCUUCACAUCACAACCAGCAGGUGUUGUCUCAUCACAGAGUUCCUCUUCCGUGUUGAAGCUGUUUUUUGAAUAGGACUGCCAAAAGAAAUGUGGGAUUUGGUUCUGCCAGGCAAAAUUAGACCUAAAUCAGACUGGAAUCUAGCCAUUUAUUGUCUGAGGUGAAACAGUUCAUUAAUUCCUGCCACCUUUGCAGGAAUGAGAUUCGUGCAUGGACCACAGUGGAAAUCAGCAGAAAGCAGUAUCAAGCAAGUGUACUGCCAGGGAGAUGUCAUCUUAAAGAACUGGCUUAGGCUGAAGCACGUUCUGGUUUUUUAGCUACCAAGUCAAGAUGAAACAGAGUCAAACAGAAGCAAACUUUUAAUUGUAUUUUAGAUUAGUCAAAUAAAUUUUGAACAUCAAUCAUCAAAAAUGUUUCCAUUUGUAAAAAUAUUUUGAUGAGCUCUUCUUUUAUUUCUGCUAUCUGAAUUACUGAACCCUAAAUGCAACAUCCUGAUUUAGCUAAUAUUUAGAAUAUGGAAACCUGAAUUGAUACAAUGAGGGAAUUAAGAUCAACAGUAAACUUAUAUGUCGAGCCUUUAUGAGUCUAAGGAGUAUUAGAUGGUUUUGGCAUUCUAUGCACUUUAAAUUUCUAACUCUUCUAGUUUAAAUCAUAUAAUCUCUGGAUUUCAGAGAGGCUCAGGAAACAUAAACCAGCUGAGAAUUUGUCACAGCAUAUUUUAUAAUUUGUCCUAUAAUAAAUAUAUUCUAUGAAAAACAAUAACUCAUCAUCAUCAUAGAGUCCAUAAUACAUUUUUUCUCUGUACAGAAGUAUAACUUUGUUGGUUUGAGCAACAGCACAGCAAUGCAAAUGGGAGCACGUCAUGUGAAUAGCAAGCCCAAUGAAAAAAAUGCAUUUAUUUUCCAAAGUGAUCAUGCUCAUUGUGAUUCUCUUCGAAUAGCAUUUCUGCUUUAUUUCUGAGCUUCACCAUCAAAUCCAACUGAUGCUCAUACAGAUGUAAUUAAAAUGAUGUUUAGUUUUAGAAAGACUGAUACCUAAAUUUGAGAACUGCUGAAUUAAGGAAAUAUUUUUUUCUUUUUUUUAUUACUCAGUAGUUUACUUCUGAAACAAACAGCCAUAUCUAGAAGGUGCCCCUUCCUCAGACAAAAUUCUAAAAUAUAGACAAUGGAUUAUAAAAAUAAAAUCUUACAGAAAUUUCUGAUGAAUGUGGGUAUGACUCCAUGUUGCAUGAAUGACAUGCAUGUUCUGGGUAAAAUUUAUGGUCAAUCUGCUCUGGUUUUCUGCUUUUUUGAAAGGUAUACCUUAUUUUUCCAAAAAGUAUACAAUUGGAGUUUUUUUGUUGUUGUUGUUUGUUUGUUUGUUUGUUUUCAUUGGUUUUUUGUUGGCUCUUUUGUUUGUUUUCUUUUUUGUUUUGGUUUUGUUUUUGGUUUUUUUUUUUUGUUUUUUGUUUUUGGUUUUUUUUUCUUGUUUUUUGCUUAUGUUUUUAUUAAAACAGUAACAAAGUGGAAUAAGUGCCCCAUAUCUGAAUAGGAAAGCCCAGACAAGAAAUGAAAAGCAAAGAAACUAAGUUCUUUGACAAAAGUUCUAAACCAUUUGUGCCACCAAUUGAAAUGCAGACAGACACACAGGCAAAGUAAUUUCUUUAAUUGAAUGCUAGUAUAUGUUGAGCAACACAAGAAGUGGUAAGUUCAGCUUACUUUGUAAAUAUUCAGAUACAGGUAGAUUUUGUGAUUGCAUCCAGAGACAAUGAAAAUUCUGUAAUUUGAUAUAGAGGUGAAAUUUUUUCCAUGAGUUUAAAAUAUUAUCAUUAUUUUAUAGGGGAGAAAAGAGAGACUGUGUUGCAUAUGUGUGGAUAUACAGGAUCAAUUCCAGUGUGGUGUGGAUGAUAGAUGUUCUGAAAACGUGUCCCAAGUAGAGUGCAAGCCUGAUCCAUGCACCCAGACUUAUUAUGUGUUCAGGUAUGUAAUCAUUAUUGAAAUAAUGCACUGGUAUUCAGUGAAAGAUUUUCCUAGCAACAAGACAGUGCAAGUUGGAGUUUUUAUGGCUUGUGUUUGUGGUUAACUUAUUUCACAGGUUAAGUUGUUGCAUGUGAAAUAAAGUUUAGAAUUCUUAUAGCGUAUGAAGCAGUGAGUGUGAAUUGUUAGUUUGCUACCUUGAUAACAGUUUUUGCUAAACUAUCUGGAGAGUCAGCAUUAGUAAUGUCAUUUCAGUGGAAUAUUGUUCCCAGUCUAAGCAAGAAUGAAUAUUCCGUGAUUAAAAGGUAUGCCAAAUCAGCAUGUCACAGCUGAAAUUGUAAUUUUCGACGUAAUUUUGAAUUAAUGGUGAAACAGUGCAAGUGUGAAUCAGUGUUAGGUUUAGCAGUGGUUUAUAAAACUAAUUUCACACUCUUUAUUGAACAUAUCCUAAAAGAUGAUUUUGUGGUUUUUAGGAUGAAUUGGAUUUAUCGGACUUUUUAUUUCAUUUUCUUACUUACUUCCGUUUGCAGUGAAUGUGUGACUCAGAGCUAUGAAAAUACAUUCUUCCAAGGAGGAGACCUCACUACAGUUUUUACACCGAGCGCCAAUUACUGCCAAAUAGUGUGUACUUACCAUCCUACCUGUCUGCUCUUCACCUACUUGCCAGCGACAUGGACAAAAGAUCCUGCAAAAAGGUUCUCCUGCUAUUUAAAAGACAGUGAUACAGAAAUGCUGCCGAAAUUGGAUAUGGAAGGAGCUAUCUCUGGACAUUCCUUAAAACAGUGUAAUCAAAUUAGUGCUUGCAGCCCAGAUGUCCAUGUAGGACUGGAUAUGGAAGGGAAUAUUUUUGAUAUUACUGUGGCUGACAGCUAUCAAGAGUGUCAGAAACGAUGUACCAAUGACAACCGCUGUCAUUUUUUUACAUAUGCCUCUGAAACAUUUCACAAUGCAAGCUUUUGUAAAAAAUGCUUCUUGAAACAUGCCAGUAUAGGAACUCCAACCAGCAUAAAGGUGCUUGAUGAGGUUGUGUCUGGAUUCUCUCUGAAGCCAUGUCAGCUUUCUGAAUUAGAUUGUCAAAUGGACAUUUUUGAAGAUCAAGUGUUUUCAGGAAUUAAUAUUACAAGUUUUUUCACUCCUGAUAUUUCUGUCUGCCAAACUAUUUGUACAUAUUUUCCAAAGUGCUUGUUCUUUACAUUUUUUACCAGGAAAUGGCAAAUAGAAUCUCAAAGAAACCUUUGCCUUCUGAAGACAUCAACAAGUGGAAUUCCAGAGGAACUCAUAUCACAAGAAAAUGCUGUAUCAGGCUUUGGCCUCCUAAAUUGCAGAAGAUCUUUUCCUGCGUGCAAUUCUCGCACUUACAUGCAGAUGGAUUUUUUGGGAGAUGAACUUACUGUCACUUACACUAAAGGACACAGAGCCUGCCAGCAGGUUUGCACAGACAUGAUCCGCUGCCAAUUUUUUUCCUAUUCUCUCUUCCAAGAUUCAUGCAAUGAAGAAGGAAAGUGUGAGUGUCACCUAAGAAUGUCCUCAGAUGGAUCUCCAGUGAAAAUAGUGCAUGGACCAGGAAGUAUCUCUGGAUACUCACUAAGAUUAUGCAAAAAAAAGGCCAGUACUGUGUGUAUGCAGCAUUCUGCAAGAACAAUUAGGAUCGUUGGUGGGACAGACUCCUCCCCUGGUGAAUGGCCGUGGCAGGUCAGCUUGCACGCCAGGCUGUCUCGGCAGAGACACCUGUGCGGGGGCUCCAUCAUCAGCAACCAGUGGGUCCUCACAGCUGCUCACUGCGUCACGAGUCUAGAGAAUCCCAACAUUUGGCGUAUUUAUGCUGGUAUUUUAAGACAAUCAGAAAUAAAUGAGGAUACACCCUUCUUCAAAGUGGAAGAGAUUAUUGUUCACUCUCAGUAUAAAUAUGCACGGAUUGGAUAUGACAUCGCUUUAAUGAAACUUGCCGAGCCUAUGAAUUUUACUGAUCUUCAACAACCUAUCUGCCUGCCAUCAAAAGAAGACACUAACAUAUUUUAUACUGAAUGUUGGGUAACUGGAUGGGGUUACAGAAAAGAAAAAGGUCGGGUACAAGAUAUUCUUCAAAAGGCUCCUGUUCCCUUCAUGUCAAAAGAGGAAUGCCAGGCAAGGUACUGGAAGCACAGAAUAGGUGACAAAGUGAUCUGUGCUGGCUAUGAUGAAGGAGGAAGGGAUGCUUGUAAGGGAGACUCAGGAGGGCCCCUGUCAUGCAGGCAUGAGGAGGUGUGGUACCUGGUGGGCAUCACCAGCUGGGGAGAAGGGUGUGCUCGCCCCAGGCAGCCGGGAGUCUACACCAAAGUUGCUGACUAUGCAGACUGGAUUCUAGAAAAAACAACGUAGUAUGAGCAUUACUGACUCACUCAAAGUGUUGCAGUGGAAUAACAACCCUCAGAGCAAUGGGAUAAAGCAUAUUAGUGCUUUUUCAAUGGUGGUUUUUGUUAGCCUGAAGUGUAAAGUAAUUGUUUUAAAAUGCAGAAAAGCAGGAAUGAAUGAAUUUUCUUAUUACUAAAUAAAAAGCAGUAAUAACAAUAAA